AUGUGGCAGAGGAAUCAGACCUCUCUGGCCAACUUCAUCCUCGAAGGGCUCUUUGAUGACUCCCUCACUCACCUUUCCCUUUUCUCCUUGACCUUGGUGGUCUUCCUCAUUGCGGUGGGCGGCAACGCCCUCACCAUCCUCCUCAUCUGUGCUGACCCCUGGCUUCAUACACCCAUGUACUUCCUCCUCAGCCAGCUCUCCCUCAUGGAUCUGAUGCACGUCUGCACAACCAUCCCCAAGAUGGCGACCAGCUACCUCUCUGGCGAGAAGUCCAUCUCCUUUGUGGGCUGUGCAACGCAGCACUUCCUCUAUUUGUCUCUGGGUGGCGCUGAGUGUCUUCUCCUAGCUUUCAUGUCCUAUGACCGCUAUGUUGCCAUCUGUCACCCACUGCGCUACACUGUUCUCAUGAACAGAAAGGUGAGACUGAUGAUGGUCGCCGUGUCUUGGUUGGGAGCAUCGAUAAACUCCCUAAUUCACACAGCGAUCUUAAUGCACUUCCCUUUCUGUGGGCUUCGAAAAAUCCACCACUUCUACUGUGAGUUUCCAGCUGUUGUGAAGUUAGUGUGUGGAGAUGUCACUGUGUAUGAGGCCACAGUGUACAUCAGCACCAUCUUAAUUCUCCUCCUCCCCAUAUCCCUGAUUUCUACCUCCUAUGCCUUCAUCCUCCACAGCGUCAUUCAGUUGCGUUCAGCUGGGAGUAAGAGAAAUGCCUUUGCCACUUGUAGCUCCCACCUCACUGUUGUUUUCCUCUGGUUUGGUGCCUGCAUCUUCUCGUACAUGAGGCCCAGGUCGCAGCGUACUCCGUUGCAAGACAAAGUUGGCUCUGUGUUCUACAGCAUCAUUACUCCCACGCUGAAUCCUUUGAUUUAUACUCUCCGGAACAAGGACGUAGCUCAGGCUCUGAGGAGAGUACUGGGGAGAGAUAUGACCACCAAAAGACUGUGAUUGUGGCUACCCUGAGUAUCAGACUGGAAUGCACUAGGUUCCCUAAAUUGGCUUGAGUGAACUUGGAAGAUUUUUCAAGGUGACUACUGAAAAAUCAAAGUAGUUAACACACAGCUCUAGUAAGUUUGGUCUCAGGCACCUAAGCACUGUAGUGUCCUAUCCUAGUCCUUUCAAGCUCCUGUAAUAAAAAUACCACAGACGGGGUGACUUCAGCUCCAAACAUUUAUUUCUCACAGUUCUGGAGGCUGAGUCCAAGAUCAAGAUUUGAAAGCACUAGACAUGUUCUCAUUUCCUUGUGAUCUCUUUGCAAAUGUACCCUUGCCCAAACAUACCUCUCUGACUCCCCUAUUUAAACAGCACUCUUUACUCUGUGUCCCCGAUUCUACCUUAUCAUCAUACUUCGCACAACGUUUCAUAAUAUGUUAUAUUCUACUUGCUUUCCACUUUAUUAGAGCGGUAGCUUCAAGAGGGCAAGGAAUGUACUUUGUUUACUGUUGUUUCACUAGAGCCAGGAAAGAGCCCGACAUGAAAUACUCAGUGGCUGUUCUGUUGCCUGGAUUAAUAAACGAAAGUGA